CUAUUAUUAUAGGUUAUGAUAUGGCUCACGCUAGCUAUUCUGAUACAGAAGACUACUUCAGUCUGGUUUAAAGAUACAUUCCUAGUUCCAUCAUCUACAUGUGGGCUCAUUCCUCCGGGCCAUCUGUACCCUUUUGGAUACCACAAGCAGCCGCUAAGCGCCAUGGAUAUUAUUCCUAAUAAUAUUUCAACUGAGGAGUUCGACGAGCUAUACAUAAAGCCGAAAGGAUACCGCCCAGGUGUGUUCAGAGGUAUACAAAAGCACACUAACUCAGUGUUAAAAUGGAGUGACGAGUAUCUAGGUGAGAAGUUUGGGGACUACAAGGUGCUCACGGAAGUGAAACACGAGCAGAGACAAAAGUUCGGGAAGAGUUUGAACACAUUGUCCAAGUUCCUAAAAGAGUACAACACAACUAAUCAGUACGUUGUGACAGUCCUCCCCGACGAAAUGAGACACGAGGUACACAUGCCUCCUUUCUUACAGUGCGGCACUUACAGUCACAACUUACUGGAGUUGAACCUGUGGAUGGGAUCAGGUGACACAGCUUCACAAGUACACUACGAUGCUGACCACAAUAUACACUGUCUGCUUGCAGGGAAGAAAUCCUUCUUUAUGAUCCAUCCUGACCAGUAUCAUAAGAUGUAUAUGGAGCGAUUAGAACACACUGGCUCUAAUUACUGCCCCAAUAUAAACCAGAACAGAGUGGAUAUGUUAGAACAAAGUAGCAUUGCAGAUGUAGAUUACCAGUGGGACAUGCUCUACCCAGGCGACUGUAUCUUUAUCCCCGCCCAAUACACUCAUCAGGUCCGCUCCUACGGAAGAAGUAUAUCAGUAACAAUACUCUGGGACCCAACUGUGCAGUUUGACAUCAGCAGUCUGGUUAACUGCCUCCCCAAUAACCUGUCCUCUAUUGCUGACAACCAUGUGGUGUGGAAUCACAAGAUGGGGGACAUAUUCCUUGACGUGGGCUAUGCUACCCCCCACAUUAUGCGGAAGGAAGUGGGGCAAGUGUGGGCAGAGUGGACACAUAGGUUACACCAGGAAGGAGCAGAUUCUCCAGAAGGCUGGAGUUACAAUGAGUUUAUUUCUUUAAUGUUCGAUUUAAAGAGGUGGCAUCUCCCCGAGUGCACGUACACUAGAAGCUGGGUUGCACUGAUAGCACACGGACUUGACACAGAUCACAGUCUCCUCAUCUCCCCUGCCGAGAUAGAGUCCUCCUCAGACCAGCUCAUGAAGGCUGUGUCUCACUUUGUGGACGCUCCUAAUCUUAACGAUGAGAUUUAUAACUUCUGUCAAACUCAGUUCUUCUACAUUCCCCCGGAGGUGGUCACUAAGGAGGAGAUGGAGGAAAUAAAAGCAGUCGGAACGGAGAAGUGGUUACAACAGAAGGGUUACCAAUCUUCCAAAAACUUUUCGGAGUUGUUUUUCGACUUCCUUAAGUAUGUGCGUGAUAAAAUACACGGUCAAAGUGAGGAUGAUGAGGGUGAUGAUGAGGAUGAUGAUGAUAACGAUGAGGAUUGACUGAUUGAGCGAUUUCAGAUUUUCAUGAUUGCACAUUUAUAUGCACAGAAAUUGUAUCAUCUUAUUUGAUGAUUUAUUGCAGAUUGUAAUUCUAAAAUAUUUAUUUUCGCAUACUUUUUAAUGAUUGUUUAAUUAUUUAUUGCACCUUUUUGGGAUGAUUUCAGAUACGUUUAUUGUCUCUUGUCCAGAGUUGAAUUUGUGUCUAUUCAUCGUUUACAAUAUUUUUUUGGAACAUUUAAAAUAUAAUUUGGAACAUUAUUCAGAUCAA